UCGCGCGUGGCCGAGCAAAGCAACAAGACAGGUUUAUUUUUCCUUGCUCGGCGCCGUCACAGAAUAUGGAGAUCGCUGUUAAAUUAUGUGCUCUUGCAGUGUAUAUUCUAUAUUUACUGGAUAUCAUUGACGCACAAAAACCAUGCAAAGUGCCAAACGGAGACGCCGGUACCUGCAUCAAUAUCUCAAAAUGUCAACCGUUGAUGGAACUUUCCAACGUCAAAUACAAAACACCGCAUGAAAAUAUGUACUUCCAACAAUCCUACUGCGGUGGAAACGGACCACGAAAACUUAAAGUAUGCUGCCCUUCAGAGUCCAUGUGGAACAAGUUCGAUCCGAGACCCAUAGUAUAUCCGCAUUCACCGACAGUGCUACUACCGGUGAUACCAAUAACUAACAGUCCAGUGUCUACGGAAAUCAUACCGCAAACAAAACCUCCAGAACCAGUUUUAUUAUCGAGGCCCGCGACAGAGACAUUCGGUAAUCGGAUGGCCCCAGAAGAGAUGAAUGAAGUGAAUAAAUUCUGUGGAAUCGAUACGUCAAGUUCGAACAAAAUUAUCGGUGGAGAGGAGGUCGCAAUUGAUCAGUAUCCAUGGUUGGCUCUUUUGGAGUAUGCUGGAAAUUUUCUCGCUUGUGGAGGCAGUCUCAUCAGCCACAGAUUCGUAUUGACCGCAGCGCAUUGUCUCAAUGGUCUCAAUGGACCGCCGUUACUUGUUCGUCUAGCAGAAUUCAAUACAUCAUCUUUUCCAACCGACUCCGUGAAAUCAGAUGGCGGUGGAUACGACAAUGUUACCGUUCAAAUCGUAGAAGUUAAGAAUAUGUAUCCUCAUCCAAAAUUUAACCGUAACCGUAAGAUACACGACAUCGGUCUUGUAGAACUUAUAGAAAAUGUUGUUAUUACAAAAGAUUUCAUCAAGGCAAUCUGCCUACCGGAAAGGAACUUUUUGCCGGACUUCGACGCGUUGACCAAAUUUACCAUUGCCGGUUGGGGUGGUACGGCAAACGCAUCGGAAUCUGAAGUGAAGCUAGAGCUAUCCGUGCCAUACGUAUCUUGGGACAAAUGCGAAAAAGUGCAAGAACCAGACAUUAUUAACACGCAGAUCUGUGCCGGCGGUAUCGCAGGAAAAGAUUCAUGCAGAGGCGACUCUGGGGGACCUCUGAUGUACGAAUACAACGAGAGAUUUUACGUCGUUGGUGUCAUUAGUUACGGGUCCAGAACUUGUGGAGACGGGAUGCCGGCUACACAUACCAAUGUGAACCAAUACAUGACAUGGAUAAAAGAAACUAUGAGAAUCAAAUUUAACAAUCAACGUAAUGGAUAAUCAAUAUUAGAAUUUAGUUUAAGUAUUAAUUUAGUUCGUAAUCUAUGACCAAAGUUUAUUGUAUUUAAGGACCCCUUUGAAAACUCUUUAGAAGUAAAAUGCAUUACUAAAAUAUAUGCUUACUUCCUAAAUUUAAUAUAAGCUUGACUCAUUA